AGCGCUGCAUCUAUUCCAUACCCAACACAAUGGCAGGUUUCGCACAAAAAGGGCUGAGGAACAUUCUCCAAAAGAAUCCCAAUGAUGUUGUUUUCCUUUCAGCUCUUCGCACACCCAUCACACGAGCGAAGAAGGGCGGGUUGAGAGAUGCUUAUGAUCAUGAGUUGCUUGGUGCUGUCCUCAAAGCCACAAUAUCUAAAUUUCCCCAUCUCGAUCCCGCCAAGAUAGACGAUGUAUGCAUUGGCACUGUCCUUGCUGAGCUCGGUGGCUCAAAAGCUGGUCGCAUGGCCGCCAACCACGUCGGCAUACCCACGACCACAUCCUUCAGCACCACAAACCGAGCAUGCGCCUCGGGACUCAGCGCGAUAACCAACGUUGCCAAUGCCAUUGCUGUCGGACAAAUUGAUGUCGGCAUUGGAGGCGGCAUGGAGAGCAUGACACGCAACUACGGCAGCCGCGCGAUCCCUACGGAGCUGUGGCCUGAACUCAAAGACUCGCCUGUCAAAGAAGCACGCGACUGCAUCAUGAGCAUGGGACGCCCUCGCGGCGCGAUCGCACCAUCUCGCCGCCAAAGCGCGCGAAUCAGGCCUUUUUGCCACGAAAUCGUGCCCGUAACUACCCCCUGGAUCGAGCCCGAGAACCCGGAAGCCGUCAAGACAAUCACAGUCACCGAAGACGACGGCAUACGGCCCACGACAACAAUCGAGAAGCUCGCAACUAUGAAGCCGGCUUUUAGUAAGGACGGAGCGUCGACUGCAGGAAACAGUUCGCAGGUCUCGGACGGUGCAAGCGCUGCGCUCAUGAUGCGUCGUAGCACAGCUACUGCUCUCGGUCUCGACAAGGAGAUUAUUGGAAAAUGGGCGGGCACACAAGUCGUGGGCUGUCAGCCGGAUGAAAUGGGCAUUGGGCCCGCCCUUGCGAUUCCCAAACUUCUGAAGUACACGGGGGUACAGGCGAGCGAGGUGAAUGUGUGGGAAAUCAACGAGGCGUUUGCGAGUCAGGCGCUGUACUGCGUUAGGACACUGGGUCUGGAAGAUGUGAUGGAUAAUGUGAAUCCUAAUGGUGGGGCGAUUGCUCUGGGACACCCGUUGGGAGCGACGAGUGGACGCAUGUUGGCGACGUUGUUGAGUGAAUUGGGUAGGAGGGGAGAGCAGGUUGGUGUGCUGAGUAAAUGUAUUGGAACGGGCAUGGGCAUGGUGAGUUUGCUUGUUAGGGAAUAAGGAAUGAUGAUAGAAGAACAAAUGGGUAUCAUAUUUUUCAUCAACAUGUCAAAAAUCAACAACGGCAUGCAUGCAUGUCGAAAUGCCAAAAAAAACGUCAUGCCUCCUGC